CUUCGAACACAAAGAUCAUAGACAACACAACAAAGUCAAUUUUUUCAUCACCAAGCUGUACCACGCAAGACUGGCAACGAGAACAAACACGAUUCUAAGAAGAGAUACAGAGCUACAACCAUAAUUAUGGCAGUAGCAAGGAGUGUGACCGGCCCCUUUGUCCUUUCUCGCGCAACUACUCCUGCCGACUUCGACGCCAUCGUUGCUCUCGAAUUCAAGACCUUUACCGACACCUUCAUCCGAGAAAUCUUCAUGGGACCCGACACCCCGUCCGGCCAUGCAAACCUCUCCUCUAUGUACCAGAAGACGCUUCUCCAGAACCCCGCCGAUGUGUGGAUAAAGGUUGAGGAAAAAACGACUGGGAAGGUGGUCGGAGCCAGCAAUUGGAGGGUGCACAUGGGUAGUGUACCCAUACAUGAAGAAGACCUGGGAUGGGAGUGGUUGGGUGAUGAUGAGGAGAAAUUGGAAAAGGUCAGAGGUGUUAUUGAGGCAAUCAUGCAGACGAGGAAGAAGUUAUUUACUGAGCCUUAUUGUCAGUUGCAUAUCUGCUUCACAGAUCCGGACUACCAGCGCAGAGGCAUCGGAUCUAUGAUGCUUCGAUGGGGUUGCGAUCUUGCCGACCAACUGUUCUUACCUUCUUGGGUCGAAGCUUCUCCAACGGGUAAAUUUCUAUACCGCAAGUUUGGCUACAAAGACGUUGACGUACAUAAGAGUGGGGAGAUAGAUGGUAGCACGAUGAAGAGAGUCGCAAGGGCAUCGUCUAUGGAAGGAGGACAAUGAUAAACAGCAGAUUAUACCCUGUCAUACUCUAAGAGGUACCCUGACUUUAGCGGCGUCGUCGUGCUCCCGUGAUCGUCUGCACUGGUUUGACAGCCUGUGGAAAGGCACAACACUUUUCUGUUCUUAAAAG